CCGGCUCUCUCUCCUCUCCAUCUUCUUCAGUCUCUCUCUUACGGCGGAGCUGACUCAGUUUCUCCGGCAUUGACUCGCCUGAGAACGCGAGAGAUCACACAGUCUCAGAUCGGUGAGCUUAAGCUCCAUUGUUUUUUUCCUCCUCCACAAUUUUGUCGCCAUUUCUAUCCGAAAUUUGUUCUGUCGUAUUAAGCUCUUGCAUCUCCGAAUCGCGGGAAGAUAUUCUCGAUGUUUCUGUUUUAUCAAUUCGUAAUUCCUGAUUCUACAUACAAUAUCUGCCAUUAACACCUGAAUUCAAUUGUUCGCAAUAAAACCCCAAAUUUGCCUUGUCUUCAUUUCCAUAUACAUUCUGAUACUUUCCCCCUUUUUUUUCUAACCUUUUUGUUUUCAUGUUUCACCGUUUUGCAUUUAAUGCGUUUCUCGUUUCAUCGACGAGAGAAUAUCUGGGAGAAUGGGAAAUCCUUUACUGCAUUUUAUGGCACAGAUUCUACUCAGCUUGUAGUUAAUUUUGCCCCCUCCAUGAGAUAAGAACAAGAAGGAGAAUUUGUCUCUUUGGGAAUUAGGUACUUAGGAAACAAUUAGGCCAAAUAAUUUUCUGAAGAAUUUGAGUGAUGCAUCAGUAGUGAUAGGGUUGAAGAGGGGGUUCAUAGAUUCUGUGUGGUAUGAAUUCGAGGGCUGAUCCCCGAGAUGGCGGGUUUCAAGCUCCUCUGGAGAGGCAAGUUCAACAAGAGUUCCAAUUCAUGGGUUCUUGGAUUCCAAUUACGCCCACGAAACCUGUAAUUAACUCUAGUCUGAUCACGGGUGAGAGGGAUAUGAACCAGAUUGAAAGAGUAAGAUGCCUGGAGCCAAAUGGAUUUCCGGUCGGUGCUUGUGGAUAUAGAGAGAGGUCCUUGUACAUCAAUGGAGCUAUACAGGAUCUAAAUCAGACUGAGCAACGGAUGAGCCGAAAUGGGGGUUAUUAUCACGAUGCUAAUUCGGGCAUGACGAGGAGAAGUAGGCUGAUCAAUUGCAUUGCUGGAUCAUAUGCACAAACCAGGAAUAAUAAUGGGAUGGAAAAUCUCUUGGCUGGGGGUGAUGUAGCUUUUCCUCUUGCACCUAUUGUUGGAAACUCCAUACAGAAUGUACAUAUGGUUAAUGGAAAUGCUACACAAGACUCGGAUGUGGUUAACAGUUCUUUCACCCAGAUUGGCAAUUCUCAAGCUGGUUGUAGUGAGUUUGAGUUGGAUGAUUUGUUGUUUUCCAAUCAGAUUCCUUUCUCAUUUACAAGGCUGCUGAGUAGUGGAGACAACUUAUGCCAGACACUUCAAUGUGGAAAUUCAGCAUCUAAUCGUCCUCUUUACAAUCUGAAUUCACCACCCAGAGGAGAAGCUAAUGGAUCAUUCAGUGCAGCUACGUUCCAAUCGGUGCCAUUGACUCCUAAUCAAGCCAAUAAUAUUGAGAAUGGAUCUACCAAUGGUUCAAAAUUUUUGAUGGAUGACAAUUUUGUUCAAGAGAAUGGGUUCUUGGCAAAAAGAGUUACAGCCAUUGAACAAGGUAUCAUACCGCAAAACUCUGACAGAAACAUUCAGAACAUUGAAGAUUUCACUGUUGUUGAUUCUACAGCAACUGAUGAACAAAGGCAAAAUGAACCUGUGAUUGAUCUUAACCAGACCCCUCAACUGAAACCACCGAAAAGGAAAAAGUACAUGCCAAAAGUAGUAAAGGAAAAGAAACCCCAGAAGAAGAUGCGGAAACCUGCAACUCCAGCAAAUGCUAAACCUAAAGAGACUGGAAUCGGCAAAAGGAAGCAAGCUCAAAAGACAAGCUUGAAAGAGUCAGCAAUUAAAGAACCAGACACUGUUAGAGAGACAAGCAACCCAAGCCAUGAAAUCCCAGCGAAGAGUUGCAGAAGAGUUUUGAAUUUUGACAUGGAGAAAACUGGGGAUGUGAGGCAAGGUGACUGUGAAGGUGGCUCGAACUCAGUUUCUGAGGCAAGAGUUGCAACUCGUGUGACCAAUGCCAGUUGCAUGGAUUCAGUAAAGAUAAACCAGAAUGUUGGAUUACUGGCUCAAGACCAGCCUGUUGGAGUGUCGACGGGGAACCAGCCCUCUGGUUUUUCAAAGGGAAGGAAGCUGGAUGCGCUGCUACCUACAGGAGAGAAGCAGCCUGAAUUGCCAAGUGGAAAUCAGCCAGCUCGAUUACUGGCAAGAGAUGAGCGACCUGAAAUAUUGAUCGGAAAACAGCAACCUAGAUUUCUGAUUGGAAGGCAGCAAUACCAGUUUCCAGUGGCAACCCAGCAAUCCCAGUUUCCAACUGGAAACCAGCAACCCAAUUUCCCCAUGGAAAACCGACCUCUUGGUUCGGCAGUCGGGAUGCAGCGAUCUUUCUUGCCCAUGGAAAACCAGCAACCUCGCUUGUUAAUGGGCAACCAGCAGCUUCACUUGUUGGUGGGCAACCAGCAACCUGCGCAUCUGGUAGGAAACCAGCAAUCUGGAUAUCUUGCAGGCAACGGGCAAACUAGAAUUUUGAAUCAGCAAAACCAUCAAGCUUGUUUAGCUACAGCAAACCGACCAUAUGAAUUAUCAAUAGGCAGGCAGCAGCAGGGCCUGCCAUCAGGACAGCAACCUGGAUUACUGGUGAAAAACCAGCAACCUGAAAGACAGAUGAGAAAUCUGCAACCUGGAUCAUCUAUGAGAAAUCAGCAGCCUGGCUUACCUGUGAUGAACCAGCACUCUGGAAAUCUGGGUGGCAUUACUUCUCACUUGAAUAAAAUGGCAGCUGCCUAUAUGUCCUCACCUGGGGCUCAAGCAGAUGGGUCUCGUUCUCAACCUCCUGCAACAAAUUUGCAUGCGGAGAUCCUUAAAACUAUUUCCAGAAGCUUGAGUGCGAGGACUGCUGGUACAUGUCAAAGGAGUAGUACCACUGAAUAUAGUUCUCUAGAGCAAAAUAUCCAUCAAGAAAGUGGCUACAUGAAAUUUCAAAAGAGAUGCAACGGAGAACCUCUUGAUAUAUGCAGGAAAGCAGCACCUCAAAAUAUUCCUCCUCAAGCUCCAUCAAUUUUGUCGGAAACUUUUGAAACCAGAGGCUCGAAGAGAGAGUACGAUCAUGCAAUGGGGCAGAUGCAGAACCAUGAUUUGAAAAAAACAUUGCUCCAACAGAUAGCACAAUCAGAAGAUUUAGUGAGACACAACAGGCAUAUAGGUGCAGCAUUAUCAGAGUCUUCAAAGAAAAUGAAAAUUCAGAAAGGCUUCCCUGCCAAUAUGCAUGCCAUGCCUCGUGAGGUAACAGAAGUUGAGGAUGCUCCUAAUGAUGGCUCACAACAAGGUAUUAAAAACGUCAGCACCAACCAAACUGCAUUGAAAGAAAAACCUUUUCCAAUUCAAAGUUCUGCAAAUAAUGAGAAAUGCGUUAUCGUUCCGCCAACACCCCCAAGGAAGGCCCCUGCAGUAGGAAAUCAAUUAGUAGCUCCGCUUGAUCAUGCAUCACAGGUCCAGACUUUAGAAUCUGCUCAAGCCAAGAAAUAUUCAUCGAGCCGCAAGGCUAAAGAGAAACAUAAGAAUUCCUCACAGGAUUCAGGAAAAACAAGAGGACCAUCUGGGGAACUUUUGUAUAAAGAUCCUGUUGAAGACAUAAUAUACAGGUUGCUGAAUCUUAGCCUAGGUAGCAAAACCAGAGACCAAAAGGAGCAAAAUGCACUUGUUUUAUACCGGGGAGACGGUGCAGUUAUUCCAUAUGAAGUCAAGAAGCGCAAGCCAAGGCCUAAAGUGGACCUUGAUGAGGAAACAACUAGGAUUUGGAAUCUAUUGAUGGAAAAAGGGGAAAGUGAAGGUGAUCAAGAAAUGGAUAAGGAAAAAGAGAAGUGGUGGGAAGAAGAGAGGAGAGUUUUCCGAGGGAGGGCUGAUUCGUUCAUUGCCCGAAUGCAUCUUGUACAAGGAGAUAGGCGUUUUUCACCAUGGAAAGGAUCGGUGGUUGAUUCGGUCAUUGGAGUUUUCCUUACCCAAAAUGUCACAGAUCAUCUUUCAAGUUCUGCUUUCAUGUCUCUAGCAGCUCGAUUUCCUCCAAAAGCAAACUGCAACCAAGCAGAUGAAAGGAAUAGACUCACUGUAAUUGUUGAAGAUCCAGAAGGAUGCAUUCUGAACUUAAAUGACACCCCUGCAUGGAAGGAAAAGGUUAUUGAAAAUCCGUAUGGCAUGCAAGCUUCUGGGGUUGGCGAUGCAUCAAAAGAGCAGCGAAAGGACAGUUCAAACUUUGGAGCAGAAAGAACUAGUUCUGUAAUGAACAGUAGUCAAAAUUUUGAAGAGGAAGUAUUAUCAUCGCAAGAUUCUUUUGAUCCUACUAUAUUUCAGUCAAGAAGAGGGGUUGGAUGCUGUUCCGGUUCCACUUCGGAAUUGGAGUUUUCUACUGAUAGGUGUAAAUUAAGUUCUGUCAGAGGUUCAACAAAAUCAGUUCAAAUUGGGAAGCCAACCUUAUUAGAUGGUAUUUAUUGUCGAGGUAAUGGGAGACAGUUCCUAUGUGAAGGAUCUGAUAAUUUUCAAGUAGAAACAACAAAUAUAGUUCAGCAGGAACCAAGAACGGAGAGCAUAGACGCUUGGAAGGAUUCUUUGUCUUUCUAUCAGUCGAGCAACCACGCCAAUUGGACUAAGCAGGUGCUGGCCAAUCCUUCCAGUGGUUACCAGCAGAAUACGAUUCUGCAGCCGCAGGUUUUAGAUAUAGAAGAUUUUGGAAUGAAUGGCGAGGGGAUUGGUUAUUCUUGGUUGUCCAUUGCUCCUAGAAUUGAAAAAGGAGAGAGCCAAAAUGAGCUUCCCAGUGGAAUGAGACAAGCAGGAAGUGCUGCAUUGCAAUCCAUGGGCCAAAAAGAAAUGCCAAUGCCUCGAGAAACACUGGGAUUAGGGUUGCUUACUUCCCCAAGCAAGCAUCUUGAAAAUCAACUAUAUGAUACUCAACAACAUGAGAUGAAUAGAGCAUCCCGGUCACAAAGCACAUUCACAGAUCUGCUUAACUCUUAUGAAGAAUGUCUUACAAGACAGUCCGUUACAACACAGCAUAUGACAGAAUCCCUUCUACCGAAAACGAGAACUGCUGAGGAGGUGGUUGAUCCACCCAAUAGGAAUGCUAGCUUGGUUGAAUCAAAUUCCAGUAACCAAGAGCAUUUGACAAUUGAAUACAAGGAAACAAAUUCCAGCUCUUUGCAAGAGAGAGAAGGGAAACCCGAUGAUAGGAAGAAAUCCACAAGCCACUGGGACAAUCUCAGAAAAGAUGUGGAGGGCAAAGGAAAGACAAAAGAAAGAAGCAAAGACGCAAUGGACUCCCUCGAUUAUGAAGCAAUUAGAUGUGCCAGUGUCGGCCAGAUUUCCGAGGCUAUCAAGGAAAGGGGGAUGAACAACAUGUUGGCAAAACGAAUUAAGGAGUUCCUGGACCGGGUCGUCGAGGAUCACGGUAGCAUUGAUCUUGAAUGGUUAAGAGAUGUUCCUCCUGAUAAAGCCAAGGACUAUCUCUUGAGCAUACGGGGACUGGGUUUGAAAAGUGUGGAAUGUGUGCGACUCUUAACACUUCACAACCUUGCUUUUCCGGUUGACACAAAUGUUGGAAGGAUUGCAGUUAGGCUGGGGUGGGUCCCUCUCCAACCUCUGCCUGAGUCACUUCAGUUGCAUCUCUUGGAACUGUACCCGGUGCUUGAGUCCAUCCAAAAAUAUCUUUGGCCAAGACUAUGCAAACUUGAUCAACGAACACUGUAUGAACUACACUACCAGUUGAUUACAUUCGGAAAGGUAUUUUGCACAAAGAGUAGACCAAAUUGCAAUGCAUGUCCAAUGAGGGGGGAAUGCAGACACUUUGCCAGUGCUUUUGCCAGUGCAAGACUUUCUCUGCCGGCACCAGAGGAGAGGAGCUUAACUGGUGCAGCUAAUCCAGUUGCUCCCCAGAGUAACCAUACCACGGCUUUCCCUACCAUGAAACUACUUCCUCCAGAGCAGAACCCACCAAGGGGAGCUUCACAUAGUGGGAAUUGCGAACCCAUAAUUGAAGUACCAGUGACACCCGAGCAAGAAUGCACAGAAAUAACAGAGAGUGACAUUGAGGAUGCUUACUAUGAAGACCCUGACGAAAUCCCCACCAUAGAACUCAACCUCAAAGAGUUCAGUGCAACUCUACAGGAUUAUAUGGAAAAGAACAUGGAACUCCAAGAAGGUGACAUGUCCAGGGCUUUGGUUGCUUUGGAUCCAGCAGCUACAUCUAUUCCAUCUCAGAAACUGAAGAAUAUUAGUCGGUUGAGGACUGAGCACCAAGUGUAUGAGCUCCCGGAUUCGCAUCCUCUCCUGGACGGUAUGGAUAAAAGAGAACCAGAUGACCCCAGUCCAUAUCUUCUAGCUAUUUGGACACCAGGUGAGACUGCUGAUUCAACUCAUCCACCUGAAAGGAAGUGUGAAUGGCAAGAGCCGGGCAUGUUGUGCAGCGAUGAGACUUGUUCUGCAUGCAAUAGCGUGAGAGAAGCAAACUCACAAAAAGUCAGAGGAACCCUUCUGAUACCUUGUAGAACAGCCAUGAGAGGGAGCUUUCCGCUUAAUGGGACAUACUUCCAAGUUAAUGAGGUCUUUGCUGACCAUGAGUCGAGCCUCAACCCCAUUGAUGUUCCUAGAGAAUGGAUAUGGAAUCUACCUAGACGAAUAGUAUACUUCGGUACUUCUGUGACCUCAAUUUUCAAAGGCCUUUCGACGGAGCAAAUACAGUACUGCUUCUGGAAAGGAUUUGUAUGUGUUCGGGGUUUCGACCAAAAGACUCGUGCCCCCCGGCCUCUAAUGGCUAGACUUCAUUUUUCGGCAAGUAAACUGAAGGCUAAAGCCAAAGCCGCGAAAUAAGAUCGUUCACCUCUCUGCCUCUCUCUCUUGCUCUCUUUGAAAUAAAACAAGACAGACUAUGUUCCACGUUCCGACCAAAGGCCAUUCGACACAAGAGUUUAGAAGAUCCAAAGGUUUUAUUUUCUGACUUCAUAGGGCCGAAGAAGGGGAAAAAAAGACAUUCUUUUUCUUAUUUUUAUCUCUAACAAAUUGUUGUAACAAUUCAGUCAUUGGUCCACUAACGGUCAAUUGCCUUUGCAUUUUUAGCAACACUAUUAAUAAAUUUCUCCGGUCACCGGAGGUUUUUUAGCG